AUGCUUAUUUUGAAAUUUUCCGCUAUUUCGCCCAAGUUUUUGCUUAUCAAUCAGCAAAGAAAUUUUGCGACAUUGAAAGAUAUCUCACUUCGUCUCAAGUCGAUUAAAAAUAUACAAAAAAUAACGAAAAGUAUGAAAAUGGUUUCUGCCGCAAAAUACGCAAAAGCUGAACGGGAAUUGAAGGGUGGGCGAAUUUAUGGUAUAGGAUCUCAAAAAAUUUUUGAGAAUAUUUUGCACUCCAAAGAAGCGAGUGAACUAACAAAGGGCGAAUCCGAUAAUAAAAAACGUCUUCUUGUCUUGAUGACAUCUGAUAGAGGUUUAUGUGGCUCCGUUCAUACAUCCAUCUGCAAGGAAGCAAAACACAUCUUAAGCAAUAAACCAAAUGACGUGGAAUAUAAAUUGGUACUCAUUGGAGACAAAGCGAAAAGUGCUUUCUCUCGAAAUUAUUCGAAUGAUAUUCUGCUAAGUGGAAAUGAGAUUGGGCGUCAGCCGCCAACAUUUCGUGAUGCAUCAACAGUUGCAACUGCAAUAAUUGAGAGUGGAUAUCAUUUUGAUGAAGGUUGGGUAAUCUACAAUAAUUUCAAAUCGGUUGUUUCUUAUAGAACGACUAAAAUGCAAUUAUCCACUCUGGAUUUAAUUAAGAGUAGUCCCAGUAUUGGUUCAUACGAUUCAUUGGAUGACACAGUCGUUGUCAAUUUUGCUGAAUAUUCUUUGGCUCAAACUCUCUAUUAUGCAAUGAAGGAGUCAUCGACUUCAGAACAAAGCUCAAGGAUGACAGCCAUGGACUCAGCGAGUAAAAAUGCCGGCGAAAUGAUUGAUAAAUUAACGAUGGCUUUCAAUAGAACUCGACAAGCGGUAAUUACUCGCGAACUUAUUGAAAUUAUUUCUGGAGCUGCUUGUGUUUAA